CGGCGCCACAGCCUCUUUCCGUGUCUUCUGCGCGACUGAUCGGACGCUUGGAUCACUGGAAUACCUGAAGCUGGAAAUCGCCUUUUUGGAUUCAUCCCGACUGUAAUUGUAUUCCUUUUCCUCUAACUGUUUGAGCUCUUGGCAACCCUCCGGGCUUGUUUGCGAUUCACGCUGAUCUUUGAGUUUGGAUUUUGUACUGCUCCACACAUUCCCAAAUGACCGAGAGAGGGAUCAACGGGGGACUUUGUUCUCCGUCCCGCGCCUGUACGGCGACCGUCGGGUAAAGUUUGAACAACAAGGAUGAUGGUUCGUUUUCCUUGAGGUUCGCAAAAUUGUUUAUUCAUUUACGACGACGUGGGAAACACCGUCUUCUUCGAUCCAACCUUCUACAACCUUAUUCUGGGAUUAUAUUUUCUGGAUUUACUUAUAAACAUGAAGGCUUUUAUUGUCGAGGGUGGUCGCAUCCUUUGCCUGGUGUUAUGGCUUAACCUGGUGCCAGUGAUGAAUGGCUGCCCGGCAAAAUGCGAGUGCCGCAGUGAGCCGAGGCUGACCAUGGCCUGUCAACAGCAGGGUCUGUUCUCCAUUCCCACAGAGAUCCCCGUCCGCAGCCAGCGGAUAUUCCUUCAGAGCAACAAACUGACAGUGGUUCGAUCGACUAGCUUUAGUUCUGUACACAAUCUUACGGUCCUGUGGAUGUACUCGAAUAAUAUCAGCCAUAUCGAAGCGGGGGCCUUUUACGGGUUGGAGAGACUGGAAGAGUUGGACAUCGGUGACAACAGCAACCUUCAGAUCAUAAGUCCCACUGCGUUUCGGGGUCUGACCAAGCUGCACACCCUUCACCUGCACCGGUGCGGACUGUCCGAGCUCCCAGUUGGAGUUUUCAGAGGACUGUUCUCUCUUCAGCAUCUGUACCUGCAGGAUAACAACCUUCUAGCCCUGCACGAAGACACUUUCAUGGACCUGGCUAACCUCACCUACCUAUUCUUACACAACAACAAGAUCAAGGUCGUGACCGAUCACAUGUUGCGAGGCCUGAUCAACCUUGAUCGUCUGCUCUUGCAUCAGAAUCGCAUUGUGCACGUGCAGCAGCGGGCUUUUAAUGACCUUGGCAAGUUGACCACCUUGUUUCUCUUUUACAACAACCUCACCAUGUUGACAGCGGAGGCCAUGAAUCCCCUAGUGUCCCUCCAGUAUCUAAGGCUCAACGGAAACCAGUGGAUUUGUGACUGUAGAGCUAGGCCGUUGUGGGACUGGUUCAAACGCUUCAAAGGUUCCAGCUCUGAGCUGGAAUGCCACCUACCUACAACUUUGACCGGUAAAGACCUAAAACGACUUAAGAACGAUGACCUGGAGGGUUGUGUGGAUGCUCCUUCCCAGGUCCAAACCAGCAUCUUUAACACCAAGGCCCGUUCUGGAAAGUUCCUCUCAUUCGACGACCCCCUCGUAGAAAGCAUUCCCAGAUGUUGUCUUUCGGAUAAUGACAAAUCUUCUAUUAUCUCAAGCAAAACCCACCCUGAUCCUUCAUCCUACAACAGCCGUCAGAUCACCAACAAUCCCUUGAAAGAGAAGGAGAACAUUUCCAAGACCAAGUUUCGAGAGGGUGAGCGAACAAAAAAUGACACUCGUAGUAAGCAAAGUCUCAACGAUGGUCCUUUGGGAACCCUUUCCAACAACCUUGACCAGUCCUUGGACAAAAUGAACCCAGAGCUGCUGGACAAUCUGGAACCUUCUAUAGCGCCAUCCAGAAAGAAAAAGAAGUGCUCCAAAAAGCCCAAAUCAGACCAGUCAUGUUUAAAAGGUCAUGGAUCCACCAUCGAAGUGUUGGGCCUUCUUUUAAUCCCCAUGGUUUGGUUUUCCAUGGACUUCUCCUAGUUUAAACACUCGUCCAUCCGUUUGCUCUUGACAAUGACACAAAAUACCUGCAGUAGCCUAUGUGGACAGGCCAAGACUAAGGAAAGGGGGUUACAAGGUUACCCCGCAUGGUUGAGAGAAAAAAGUUGCAAAAGCUAAAGACGUGUUACCAGAAAUGAAUGCCUUUACACAAUACAGAACAAGAGAUCUAAUGUAUAUAAAACUUGGUGCCCAAAUGUUUGUUCUAUGUACUUUUAAUGUGCUGUGUUUAAGCAACACUGCGGAGAGUCCCUAUUCCCAUCACUUCAAACGAUCAGAAAUUGACUAUUGUAGAUGAACCACUAAAAAAAAAAUCCCUAAUCCAUGACUAAAGCAGAACGCAUCCAGGAAUGUUGCCGAUUUGAAACCAAGGGGAGUGUCAUGAUUUUAUUCCAAAAUUUGUUUUUCUUUCAAAAGUGAUACAUUUGUUCUAUGCUGUUUUUUAUGUUUAUAAGUAUUUCAGUAAUGACAAAUGUUUAACUCUCCCCAAAUAUGUGCUACAUUCUGUUUGCAUCCCGACACAAACUACAGGUGGCAUCUUUGGAGGGAAUGCUGUCUAGUUGUUCACUGAAAUUGCAAUGGCAUCAUAGAUAUGCAUUUUAUUUUGCUGGUGUACAAGCAUAAAUAUGAAAAAUAAAAUAUCUCUUUUUUUAAUAAAUGGCUUA